UCACCCUCUCUCCUAUGGGCCUUCCCUGUCCCUGGUUCUUCCUCACCGUCCAUUAAUGGCGUACUCUCGAACCAGCAACGCCGAUUCCAGGGACGUCUCAUCCGCCGCUAUUCCAUUAAACCCUUCCUCACCCAAGUCUCCUUCAUCUCCUCCGCCACCGCCCCAACCCUUCUCCCUCAUUGAACCAUCCGAAUUAAAAUCCUCCAAUAGACAAAAAAGCCGUGUCUUUCGAGCUUUCCUUUCGGUUUUUCGCUCCUUCCCCAUUCUCACCCCUUCAUGCACGUUCCCCGUUUGCCCCACCGGUUUACAAUCGGAUACCCACGUCACCAACUCCGGUACCCUGGUGACCGGUACCCUGUUCGGGUACCGUAAAGGAAAGGUCAUCCUCUCGAUCCAAGAGACCCCCAAGUGUCUCCCUUCGUUGGUCCUCGAGUUAGCCAUGCAGACUAACGGGUUGCAGAAGGAACUCAGCUCUGGCAUGGUGAGGAUCGCUCUCGAGUGCGAGAAGCAAGCAUCGGGGAAAGAGAAAGUCAAGCUCUUGGACGAGCCAGUGUGGACCAUGUUUUGCAAUGGGAAGAAGACUGGCCUUGUUGUAAGACGGGAUGCAACGGAGGAGGAUUUGAACGUCAUGGAGCUUCUCAACCCGGUUUCCAUGGGGGCCGGUGUAUUGCAAGGGAAUUCCGAAACUGAAGGCGUCGACGGGGAGUUGGCGUAUAUCAGACCGUAUUUCGAUCGAGUCGUCGGGUCGAAGGAUUCCGAGACCCUUUACAUGUUGAGCCCCGACGGAAACAAUGGUGACGAGCUUAGUAUAUUUAUGGUGAGGUUAUGAUAAGCAGCCGCCGUGGAUAGACAUUAUGAA